AUGAAGGUCCUUUGGGCCGUGGUGGCCUCCCUUCUGUGCGUCGGCCUCGCGGAGGCCCUUUCCUGCAGGUUCUGCAAGUACAAGCUGCCCUUCGUGGGCUGCUUCCAGGGCGCCAACGUGACCACGUGCGAGCCCAAGGAGAAGUGCGUCAUCAUCAAGACCUCCCUGGGCAAGGCCACGCUCUACUACCAGCAGGGCUGCACAUCGGCGCUCAACUGCGGCCGGCGGCGCGCGGCCGACGCCGCGUCCCGCCUCUCGGCGCUCUACGCCUGCUGCGAGACCGACCUGUGCAACGAGGACUGGGAGCCGGCCUACCUGCGCCCCAACCGCGCGCUCGCCAACGUGGCCGACAUCGUGCGGCAGCUCGCCCCGCGGCGCGGGGACGGGGACGAGGAGGAGGAGGGCGGCGGGCUCUGCGCCAAGCACCGCGAGGCGCUCAAGCUCUACUGCCAGGACGACGGGCGCUGCAUCUGCGUGGUGUGCGACCGCUCGCGCGAGCACCGCGCGCACGCCGUGGUGCCCGUGGACGAGGCAGCCGAGGAGUACCAGGAGAAGAUCCAGGGGCGCCUGGCUUUCCUCAAGAAGGAGAGGCAGGAUUUGCUGGAGUUCAAGGUCAACGACGACAAGAAGACCCAGGAGCUGCUGAAGAGCAUCGAGGCGGAGCGGCAGCGGCUGCUGGGCGAGUUCGAGGGGCUGCGGCAGUUCCUGCGCGAGCAGGAGACCCUCCUGCUGGGCCAGCUGGAGAAGCUGGAGAAGGGCAUCGCCAAGAGGCAGGACGACAACAUCACGGACCUCUCCAAGGAGAUCACGCUCCUCAACAAGCUCAUCACGGAGCUGGAGGAGAAGGCCCAGCAGCCCACGCUGGAGUUCCUCAAGGACGUAACAGUCACGUUGAGCAGAAGCGAGCAGGUGAAGUGCCCGCCGCCGGCGCCCGUCUGCGCCGACAUGAAGAUGCCCGUGUGCAACUUCGCCCUCAAGACCGUCGUCCUGGAGAAAAUCCUCAAGAAAUUCCGAGCAAACCUGCGGGAUGAGCUGGGAAAAGGUGAAAGAGAGGAGCUGACCCUGGACCCCGACUCGGCCAACCACCUCCUGGUCCUCUCGGCCGACCUCAAGAGCGUGCGCAUGGGCUGCCGCAAGCAGGAGCUGCCCGACAACCCCAAGCGCUUCGACACCAACUCGCGGGUGCUGGCGGCGCGCGGCUUCCAGGCGGGGCGGCACUACUGGGAGGUGGAGGUGGGCGCCGCGGACGGCUGGGCCUUCGGCGUGGCCAAGGAGUCCGUGCGCAGGAAGGGCCUCACGCAGUUCUCCCCCGAGGAGGGCAUCUGGGCCGUGCAGCAGAACGGGGGGCGCUACUGGGCCGUGACGGCGCCCCAGCGCACGCCGCUGUGCCCUGGGCAGAAGCUGAGCAGGGUGCGGGUCUACCUGGAUUACGAGGGCGAGGAGGUGUCCUUCUACGACGCCGAGAGCAUGCAGCACCUCUUCACCUUCAACGUGCGCUUCCAGGAGCGCGUCUUCCCGCUCUUCUCCGUGUGCUCCACCGUCACGUACAUCAAGCUGUGCCCCAAGUGGCAGCAACCGCAGCUCGCAAUGCUCACCGUAUAUGCGGAUAUACGGGGAGCGCAGAGGGAAAAGCGGGAUUUCUUCAAAGAAAAAAGAAAAAGGAGGAAAAACGUUGCUGGCAGCGGUGGGAUUCGAACCCACGCCCCCGAAGAGACUGGAGCCUUAAUCCAGCGCCUUAGACCGCUCGGCCACGCUACCCCGAUCCGGCGCGACGGGCGGCUGCUCUCGAGCAAGGCGCAGGGGCUCAUGAUCCACUUCGUGGACGACCUGGCGAAGCGGGUGUCGCGCGAGGCCGAGCGGCUGCGGCGCGAGAGCCGCCGGCCCACCGUGAGCCCCGAGCACGUGCAGGCCGCGCUGCGCCACGUCAUGCCCAAGAGCCACCGCGGGCACCCGCCCACCGCGCGGAGGCUGAUGGCCUCGCGCGUGGGCCUCCUGUGCCGCGGCGUGGUGACGGAGGCCGACCGGCGCCGGCGGCGCCGCCGCGGCUCCUUCAUCGGCACCGCGGAGCUGCGCGCCGCCCUGGCCAAGCUGCUCAAGGGCCGGGGCGGCGCCGAGGUGCCCCAGGAGCAUUUGAGCUCCCUUAGGAAAGGCCGCGAGGAAGCCAAGGCCGAGCGGGAGCGGCAGAGCGAGGAGCUGCUGAAGCAAACGGAGGUGGAAAGGCAGAAGAUCGUGGCCGAGUGCAAGGAGCUCCGGGCGUUCCUGGAGGAGAAGGAGCAGCUCCUGCUUUCCCGCCUGGAAGAGCUCGACCGGGAUAUCGUCAAGCGGCGGGAGGAGAGCGUCUCCCGCCUUUCCGAGGAGAUUUCCCAGCUGGAUAAGCUGCUGGGCGAGCGCGGAGGAGAAAGCGGCUCCGGAAACCCGCCCGGCCAGGCCGUUGUCGCUGCUGGAAGUGGCUUUGAGAGCUGGAUGUUCUGCAAACCGGAGCCCGGAUUCGCGGAGCUGGAGAAGAAGCUCAAGAGCUUUUCCCAGAAGAGCGCCGUGCUCAAGGAAGUGCUGCUGGAGUUCAAGGGCGAGCUGUCUCUGGACCCGGACACGGCCAACCCGUACCUGGCGCUGUCGGAGGACCGGCGCAGCGUGCGGCUGCGGGGCGCCCCGCAGGAGCUGCCGCCGCACCCCAAGCGCUUCGACUUCUCCUUCUGCGUGCUGGGCGCCGAGGGCUUCCAGGCCGGGCGCCACUACUGGGAGGUGGAGGUGGGUGACGGCGCCAGCUGGGUGCUGGGCGCCGCGCGCGAGUCCGUGCGCCGCAAGGAGAAGGUGGACGUGGCGCCCGAGGAGGGCGUCUGGGCGGUGGGGCUCAACUGGAAGGGCAAGAGCUGGGACCAGUACCAGGCGUUCACGUCGCCCGAGACGCCGCUGUCGCUGUGCGAGCGCCCGCGCAAGGUCGGCGUCUACCUGGACUACGAGGGCGGCUGGGUGGCCUUCUACAACGCCGACACCAUGGCGCCCAUCUUCACCUUCACGGCCGCCUUCUCCGAGCGCGUCUUCCCCUUCUUCUGGCUCUUCUACGUGGGCUCCUCGCUCUCGCUGUGCAACUAGGAGCGGCCCCCUUUGCCGUCGGCCCCCCC